UAUACGAUGGGUGUGGCGGCUUUUGCUGCUAUUGGGACUUUUCUGUUUGGAUUCGAUUCGGGUAUCGUGACGACGACUAUCGCGCAUCAGAGUUGGAAGGAUUAUUUCAACCAUCCUACGACGGCUCAAACCGGCGCAGUGGUAGCAACAUACAUCGCUGGUGAAUGCGUCGGUGGAAUUUUCCAGAUUUUCGCUGGUGAUAGACUCGGUCGACUCAGACUCAUGCAACUCAUGUGCAUCAUCGUCACAAUAGGCACUGUUCUUCAAACUGCGUCUGUGAAUUUUGGAAUGUUCCUUGCCGGUCGGAUUUUUGCUGGUAUGGCAGUCGGAGGACUCAUUGGAACCGUUCCUGUGUAUCUUAGUGAGAUAUCAGCUCCGCAUCAUAGAGGUCUUAUUGGAGGUAUUUCAGGUUGUGGUAUCUCUUUUGGCACCAUGAUGAGCAACUGGGUCGGAUUCGCAUGCAGCUACGCCCCCUACGGAGCAACACAAUGGCGCCUGCCUCUCGGUCUCCAGAUUCCCUUUGGCAUCAUCCUCUUCAUCGGUCUCCUAACCUUCAUGCCCGACUCCCCUCGCCAACUUGUCCGAGAUGGCCAAAUCGAAAAGGCUCGUCGCGAGUUCAUUAAGAUUCGAAGAGACCUCAAUGCAGAUGAGGUGCAUCAAGAGUUCGCGUUCAUGCAGACGCAGAUUGAGUAUGAGAUGCAGAGGGAGAUCAAGAGUUACAGAGAGAUUUGGAGGUUGUUCAAGCACCGGGUAUUGGUUGCUGUUGGGGUUCAGACGAUGACUUCUCUUACUGGGACGAAUGUUAUUUCGUACUAUCAAACGAUCUUGUAUAAGUCCCUGGGUAUAAGUUCGACGACGAUCCUCUGCUUGGCAGCUGUUUAUGGCACUGUUGGAUUUCUUUGCAAUUGUCUCACCUCAGCUUUCUUGACUGAUCAGUGGGGUCGUCGCAAGAUGCUCAUCUCCGGCCUAGCUGGAAUCGUCAUCGUCGAAAUCUACGCUGCCAUCAUGCAAAUGAAAUUCCAAAACACAGAAAACUCAGUCGGAAAAGCCUUCGCUGUCCUCGGCAUCUACCUCUUUGCUGUCGUAUACUACGGCAUGAUCAACAGCACAACCUGGACCUACGGCGCCGAAAUCCUGCCCAUCGCCCUACGCUCCAGAGUAAUGGGUCUCGGCGCGCUCGGCCACUUCGUCGUCAACGUCGCCAUCACCGAAGCCGGCCCGACAGCCUUCGCCAAGAUCAAACAGAACUAUUACUACGUGUUUGUAAGCUGUUCGUUUUUCUUCUUGGUGAUGGCGUACUUCUUUUUCCCGGAGACGAAGCAGAGAAGUUUGGAGGAGAUUGCGGCUGCGUUUGGGGAUAAGGUUGUUUUGCCAGAUGAGAAUGGGGUGGCGGUUGAGGAGGCGAUUUUUAGGGAUAAGGGGGAUAGUGAGGAAGUUGAAGUUGUGAGGGAGAGGGUUUGAUGAAGAAUAUAGAG